AUGUGGUCUUCUCUUCUACUUCUUUGCGCUAGCGCAGUAACCGCUUAUACAGUCACAACGGCUGAUCAGUUCAUGCUGAAGAACAUUGACCCCAUCGUAUUCCCCCGCCAGUAUGACAAGAGUCAUAUGCACUCCUUUUUUGGUUCUGAUGCAGUGACCAUCAAUACCACGACUUCAGCAGAGCUCCAAGCCGGCUGCUCCACUGCUCAAAAUCCCAACGACUACUCCAUCUACUGGGUUCCUACACUUGUUUAUACUGGAGAUAAUGGCGUAAAGACGCCAGUCCCGCUGUUUCGAUUUAGCGCUUACUAUGUCUCGAUUAACGCUGCUGAGGUUCCCAUCCCACAGAACUUCAAGGCGGUCGCUGGCAAUGCUGCUGCAAGCUCUCAGGCAGAUGUGGAAGACCUUGCGGGAAUCUCGUGGUUCUGCGAGGGAGAUUCUGACCAACCUGAGAAGGACGCUGCCGCCUUCCCUUUGAAGACUUGCAGCACUCACCUGCAGACUCUCUUGCUGUUCCACGACUGCGUCAAUGAGCAGACGCUUGAAUCAGCCUAUUCUGGAACACAGAAUUGGAACUCGACAUUCCGUCCAGCCAACCGGUGUCCAGAGGGUAUGAAGAGGAUGCCGCAGCUGCGCUUCUCGAUCCGCUACGACCUGCGUAAAGCCUUGCCUGGUGGAUGGGAGGGCGCCCCGCCUUUGGAGCUAGCAUGCGGCUCAUCGUACUGCACCCACGGCGACUUCAUCAACGGCUGGCUUCCUGAGGCAGCUCAGAAUAUGUUGAAGGCAACGAGCAAGACCGAGUUCGCAGGAGUCGACGGCCCCGACGGCGCUUAUGACGCUGGGUCUGUCUGCGGCUCCGCCAACGCGGUAGACGCCGAUCCCGAUAACGGUACUAGCGACUACGCUGAAAGCGUGGCGCUGCUCUCAAAGCGAUCAAUUGGCAGGCGGCGAAGCAUUUCUGGAAGAAGUACCUAG